AUGGCGACCAAGCAUUAUUUCCCUGAUACCGCAGCGAAUACGCUUGUCCCGAGAGCCCUCCGUGCUCUCGUCUCAGCCAACCCUCACCUUACCCUCAGCGAGGCUGACCGUGUUGUCGCAAAUUCCCACAAUGACCCUGCAACCGUUAGCAUUAUCGGCGGUGGCGGCUCCGGGCAUGAGCCGGCAUGGAGCGGAUUUGUCGGCGAGGGUCUGCUUUCGGCAGUUGCGUGUGGUGACAUCUUUGCCUCUCCGAGCACGAAGCAGGUCUUGGAGGCCAUGAGGCUAGCUCCUUCAAACGCCGGUACUAUUCUUCUCAUCACAAAUUACACUGGAGAUCGCCUACACUUCGGCCUCGCCGCCGAAAGGGCAAAGGCUGCUGGAAUUUCGGAUAACAUUGUCGUCCUCCCCGCCACAGACGAUGUAUCAAUUGGUAGGAGCAGGAGCAGCAGGGUGGGCAGAAGAGGAAUGCCCGGCCACAUCUUCACCAUGAAGAUUCUGUCCGCAGCAGCAGCUGAGAAGUACUCCUUCGAGAGGUGCGUCGACAUCGGCAGGGCAGUCAAUGACCAGACUGUGUCGAUAGGCUCUGCCUUGGACCACUGCCAUGUGCCUGGCAGGCAGUUCCACUCCAUUGCGGAGGACUCCUGUGCCCUCGGUGCUGGAAUCCACAAUGAACCUGCGCAGCAGCUGCUGUCUCCUUUCCCGUCUGUGAAGGACCUGGUUGAGAAAAUGCUGAAGUUGGUGUGCGACCCGGCUGAUGCUGAAAGGGCAUUUGUCACCUUUGAAAAAGAUGACGUGGUCACCCUACUCAUCAACAACUACGGCGGUCUCUCCGUCCUGGAACUAGGCGCGCUUACGGACGAGGUCCAAACACAGUUGGCCUCAACGUGGAACAUCAAGCCUAGCCGUACACUAACCGGUGCUUUCGAGACCUCCCUGAACGCGCCUGGCUUCUCUAUUUCCCUGGUGAACAUCUCGGCGGCAGCCAGGCAAUCGAAAACGAGCGCAGAAGAGUUGCUGAACCUUCUUGACCGCCAAACGACAGCUGUAUCAUGGCCUAAUAUCAUUCGCCCGACCGCGAACAACGAGAAGACGAAUGGCGUUGCUGUUAACGGUCACGCAGACGAGAACAACGCAGCAGACGCCAAGUCGACUGUUAAAAUUCAGGCUGAUCCUAAGUUGAUUGAGAGCUCAGUGAGAUCAGGUUGCGAAAGCGCGAUUGCAGCAGAGCCGAAUUUGACAAAGUGGGACAUGGUUAUGGGCGAUGGCGACUGCGGAGAGGCUGUCAAGGGUCUCUGCGAGUCGCUGCUUCGUAACCUGGACAACGGCGUUGCGAAGAGCGGUUCAGUCCUUCACUUUUUGGAAUCUACCAUCGACGCCGUAGACGACAUGGGAGGCACUCUGGGUGCCAUUCUAGGAAUCCUGCUGUCUGCUUUUGCCUCGUCCCUCAGGGCCAACGCACAAGAAAAUGGCAAUGUUGCUGCCGGUUCGUCUUCUGCCCUCUACGCCAAGUCUCUCGCAUCAGCUGUGGAGUCUUUGAAGUCCCACACGCCAGCGAGAGAAGGUGACCGUACCGUUAUGGAUGUUUUGAUCCCAUUUACGGACAGCUUUGCAAAAACUGCAGACUUCGGGGCUUCCGUUAAGGUGGCGGCUGAGAAGGCGGAGGCCACGAGGUAUCUCAAAGCAAGGUUUGGCCGGGCGACUUACGUCGGAGAGGCGGCGGGGCAGGAGUUACCUGAUCCUGGUGCGUGGGCUUUGUACGAGAUACUUUCGGGAAUGGCGAAAGGGCUGGGGAUUGUGGCAUGA